UUAGACGCUCCCCAUCUCACAGGAGCAACCAUGCACCUGAGCGCGUACGAGUCGUGCCAUUCCUUGGUCGUACUUUGCAUCAUGCUGAGGAGUUGCCAAGCCCUCAAGAACGACGCCACGGAGCUUCUGUUCUCGCAUGUGAGCGCGCAGGUGCCGGAGGUCCAGAGCAACGUGACCCUGAACCGCGCACGGAACGGCGGCAGAGGAGCGGGCAGCGCGGCGCACGACAGAGGCGAACGAAGUCAAAUCGGGUGCAGAGAGCUGAGGUCCACUAAGUAUAUCUCAGAUGGCCACUGCACCAGCAUCAACCCUAUCAAGGAGCUGGUGUGCACUGGCGAGUGUCUCCCAGCUCAGAUGCUUCAGAACUGGAUUGGCGGAGCGUAUAGCAGGAAGUUUUGGGGUCGCCGGAGCAGCAACCAGGACUGGCGAUGUGUCAACGACAAGACCCGCACCCAGCGCAUCCAGCUGCAGUGCCUAGAUGGCAGCACGAGAACAUACAAAAUCACCGUGGUCACCUCCUGCAAGUGCAAGAGGUACUCGAGGCAGCACAACGAAUCGGGCAACAAGUUCGAGGUGCCGUCUCUGUCACCACCGCAGCUCCUGCACAAGCACAAGUCCAAGAGCAAGAGGAGGCUGGGGAAGAACCGGCUGAGUGAGAACUGGCACGAGACUGAACCCUGAGAGCAUGCAGACUCUGAAUCCACACAAAACUACAGGAGUUUUGUCUCUGUGACAUUGAGACACAAUGCCCAGCGAUUGCAGUCGUGGACUAUCUCUCAAUGUGACUGGGACCUGAUUUAGGUGAAGCUGGUUCCUCACUAUAAUGGAGAACUCCAAAGGGCAUGCUAUGGACUUUUCUUGACAUUUUAAUCCAUGUGGUUAAAGAUAAUGUGAACAGAACUGAGAUGUACAGUCUGCAGAGUUUUCUGAAGCACGGGGCCAACCCACAUUGUCCCAGAUGUAGCCAUGUGCAUGCAUUCCUAUAUUCAUUAUAUAUGCAUAUGGAGAGCUACAGUCAACUGUUUAGGCAACAACACCAGUAAACAAUACCAAACAUCUAAACAAAAACCUGUGUAUAUACUUGUACAUAUAUCUAACUUGCCUUUUGAAGUAUGGCCAUGUGUAUAAAAUUUGACUAUGCAAGAUUUAUGAUGUAUGAUGUAAUAUAUUUUCUGUGGCAACAUAUAAUAUGAUAGGUUUUGCUUAAGUGACAUCAGCAUGUGGGUGAAAACUUACAAAACUUUGUCAUC